CCGAGGGUCAUAACAGAGAAACAAGCAAGCGGUGGUGGCAAAUUUACUUAUCACUAAUCAGCGGGAAUGGGACAUGGACGCGGUUGCAGACAUUUUUGGGGCCAGAGACGCGACCAUUAUCCGAGGUAUUCCCUUAAGCAGGGGUCCCAAUAAGGACUCCUUGUGCUGGAGAUGGGAGGAGAGCGGCAUGUUUACGGUGCGGAGCUGCUACCAAAGUUUGGUGGGGGAGGACGGCGGGCAAUCGAGGUUGGAAUGGACUGAUAUGUGGAAGGACAAACUUCCACCUAAAAUUAAAAUGUUUUUUGGCAGGCAAAAUUAGCAGGUCCGAAGAGUGGACUGUGUGGGGCAAUGUGGGCUUUGUGACGCAACAAUGGAGUCUCAGGAACAUAUUUUCAGACGGUGUGCUGUUGCUCGGGAUUUGUGGGCAGAGUUGCGCUGGCAUUGGAGUUCUAGGGCUGAUAGUCCAUUUAUCGAACAGGUAAACGGUGAAUUCCGGUGGAAAAAACAAGAAGAUAUCGAGGUAUUGAUGUGGGGAUGCUGGGCACUUUGGAAUGAACGCAAUUUACGUGUUUGGGAGGGGAAGAUGUAUUCGCUGCAGCAGAUCAUUAGCAGAGCCAGGACCACGGUUGACGGAUGGAAGCAGGUGCAGACAAGAGGUGCUGGGGGCAGAAAUCGGCUUGCAGGUGGGACGAGCAGAACUUUCUGAUGUCGAUGCGGCCACCAGAGUGCUUAAUGGCGGGUGCUUUUAUUGCUGACGCGACCAGAAAGUGGCUGGGGAACUUAACACCUUUGAUGGCAGAGCUGGUUGGCAUUUGUGAGGCUUUGAGCUGGCUAAAAGACUUCGGGGGUUCGUCGGUUGAUGUUGAAUCAGAUUCCAUUAGGGCGAUUUAGGAAAUCUUGUAUGGUUCGAGCUGUUUUGUCGUGGGUUUGUUGAGAGACGACAUUAGCUAUUUGGCUAAUUUUUAUUCGAGCAUUUCUUUCAGUCAUGUUAAGAGGUCAGCGAAUAAGCCUGCUCAUUUUCUAGCUAGGGCGGCUCGUUCAUUACCUGAUUCACAAUUUUGGUUUACUUAUCCUCCUCCUUUCAUUGUAUCCGCUUUAGCGAACGAUUUGAUUAA